AUGAUCGAUCAUGGCUUUGUUACUACCGAGCUCUGGUUUAAGGCUCCGGCGCUCGUCCAUCAUGUUCCUGACUACCCAUGCACCGACGAGUUCAUUCGAGGUGUCAAAGAGUUUAAGGAGACGAAGAAAAUUUCCUUCGGCCUCAUAUUUGCCGCUCAAGUCAAUGUCGACAUCCAUCAGGUUGUUGGCAGUUAUGCCAAACAAGCAAUUCAUACCCUUCUCGCCCGCAUCAAGACUAUGGACGUGGAGUUGAAGUCGCAUAUCGACUUCCAGAAGGACAUCAAAGGUCCAAAUUGGUCCGCGCGCGACGAAAGGUGGUUGAAGGCUCUUCAGGAAGGCUUUGACUGGUUUCUCGAUGACCCAUUGCACAAAGCAAAAACGAUGGUGGUCAAUAAUAGCCCCAACAGACAGGAGGUAUCGGUUCACCUCGAACGAACCAAAAAGUGGCGAAUCUUGAGAAGAUCCCCGGUAAUCGCCGGUUUGACCCUGAACUAUCAUCGCGCAGAGAUGCAUGAGGCCGGCCUCAAUGUUACCAAUGCUUGGGGCUCUCUCGUUCUACCCGCACAGUUGUACUGUGCCCUCGAAGACGAAGACUAUACCGAAAGCAUUUGGAUGGAUAUGAGUAUACUGUGCAAAGAUUUUGGAGAAGAACAGUUCUUUGUUGGUGGUCGACCCGAUAAAGUGUCGGAUUAUGCCAAGCGCUUCAUGCUGCAGGUUGGUGUCUCCGCAGCGGCGUUUGCUAAGAAACGACGCCGUGGUGCCAAAAUGGGCGUUGAAGAUUUCUCGCGUGCCGGUGCACGAUUCCUCACAACGCGUGCUUCGAUUCAUAAAAGUCUUCAAGACCGGUAUCACCGAAACGCCAACCGCAUGGAUUGGACAGCCGAGAGCAUAAACGAGAUACGUUUGCGCGCAGAAUCGCAAGGCAAGGGGAAAGGCAAGAGAGCCGUACCAUCAGUUGGUCAAGAGAGUCGUGUCUCACCGGUUGGUGUAUUGUCAUUGCUAGUGAUGGCUAUACAGGGCGAGGUUCAAGAGUUCGCGUUUGGAUACCUACGCACGCAUCAAAUGAGCUGGAACAUCCUAAGGGGCAUAUACAUGGGAUGUGAGCCGUAUCUUAAAGAAACCUACGGAUCGAACUUUAACUUGAAGGAACGGGAGCUUCCUUUCAUGAUUGGUCAUAUCCUACCUUUAGCUGACGAUGAGCCGAUGGAUACGCCAUGA